CACACACACACACACACACACACACACACACAGUGUAGCUGUAUGUGGGCCUUACUGGGCUGUUUGUGUGUGCUGGCUGAUGCAGACACUGUCUCCCUUAUUCUGGGCUAGAACACAGAGAGAACACAGAAAGACCGACAAAAUGAGAAAAAUACAUAGUUCCACUAUAAAGGACAGAAAUGAGAUGGCGAGAAGGAGAGAAGAAAGAGAUGAAUGCAGGAAGGGAGGGAUGGACAGGGGAACAGGGAAAAAAUACUCAGUGAAAGAUGUAGAAGGAAAAUGAGAAAAAUAAACAAACAGUGAGUUAGCAGAGAGACAGAAUGGGUGAGUUUGUUACUGUAUGUGCUAGAGUAUCAUUGGCCCCUCUUCCUAUGUAGUUUGCUCGCUACACAAAUGUGCUCUGCCCUAAAGCUACAGUUGCAUUGACCUGAGUGGUUGUUAUGGUAUGAAUGUGUUUUGAAUGAGGGUGUGCCUGCCGUUAUGCGACAUCAUGCCACAGGCUUCACCUUUCGCUUUGCAUACGCACUGCAGAAAGACUCCCAGGUGUAAACAGCACAUAGACUUCCAUUGACUGAGACUGAUCUUCCCAUUCUAACACUGGCUCCUUUCCAGGGACAGACAGACCGUGCUUUCCUGUUGCAUCUGUAGCCUGCCUGCCACUUACUGUCUGACUCUCCAAUUGACUCUCCAGAUUUCCCCUCAGUCCCAGUCUGAGAUUUUUUUAUUCAUUUUUUUAUUUCACCUUAUUUAACCAGGUAGGCCAGUUGAGAACAAGUUUUAAUUUACAACUGCGACCUGGCAGUUGUAAUAUACAAGAUAAAGCAAAGCAGUGCGACACAAACAACACAGAGUUACACAUGGGAUAGACAAACGUAAACGAUCCAAGUCAUCUCUCUCUCCUCCUUCAUCCUCUUCCACAUUCUCUCCAUUCUUUAGCUGAGCCUUGGGCUAUGUUGUUGAGGCCAGACGUGGAUGACAGGCAGACCCACUGGAAAGACUGUAAUUAUUGAGGGGAACAAUCAUUUAUCUGUCUUAAAAUCACUUUGAACUUUAAUGGUGUUUGUUUAACGAGACCAAGGUGAGAUGAUGUGAAUAAUUUUGCGAUUUGUCUGGUUAUAUGCUGCUGCAGCGGCUUCAUGCACAUACACACGUGCGCACACACACAGUCUGUUUUAUAGUUAAAUCAAAGGCACUUUUUUCUGCAAGGUGCAAUUGAGAAAUAGAACGAGCUAAGAGAGUGUAAGAAGAGGAGAUGAGGGCAGGAGAGAGGGACUGGAAAAGGCCUCGGCGAGAGUGUGCCUCGGUGCCUAUGAGCUGACACACACACACUCAAUGCAUCUUAACCUCAUUCUCAAUGCUCUUAUAGUCAAGUCCUAACGUUUAUACAAGCACCACAUGCAGUUAACUAGUAUUAUUUGCGCUGUUCUGAAGGGCUUUACUAAUACGAGCACAAUGACACAUUAAUGAUGCCACUGAAGGCCUAUCUGUCCCCGCCCCUUAAACUCUCACUGGAAGUUCCCCUUUGUCACAGACAUGCCAUAAAUCCACUCUGUUUAAGCAAUCACUCUUUCUCUCACUCCUUUUCUAUCUUUCUCCCCUCUCAAUUAGUAGGAAACACAUCGGCUGAAGGAGGGCCUUUGUUGGUUUGUGAGGGCCCAUACAUCACCCAAACUAGCGACCCCCUGACAGCCCCCAUCUGGUCCUCAUCAUGGGGUGCAGCCAACGGUCAGGCUGGAUGAUGCAUGGCACACAGGCAGCGCUCUCAAACACACACACACACACAGACACGCGCUCACAAACAUACACACACACAGGCAUGCGCUCACAAAUGCACACAUGUACACUCUAGGGUUGGGCGAUUUUACGGUUGUUUACUUACUGUUAGAGGCAAAGAAAAAAUGACUUUGAGAAUCUCCACAAGGAUGGUGAGUUAAGACAAUCAGAAAUACUAUCAGAUCCCCAAAUGGGCACAUUUAUUGGCCUACAUUUGUGUGCAGGCCAGGUAGCCUAGGCAUUCUUCUAUGUAUAAUCAUUUGCGUGUCCUUACUCAAGAUUGACAGGAGCGCUCCAAACAAAAUGAAAUAAACCAAAUGGAGCCUAGGGUGUGCGCUCUUCAAACAACGUGUCCACUCCUAAAAUGACAACGGGUAGAAUACCAGUAGACCAGUCCAGGACCAUUAUCUGCAGGAGAGAAAUUAUCUCGUCCACUCUAGGCUCCGUCACAAGGAUGUGAAGUUCAAUGACGUUGGAUUUCAUCAUUUAUACUCUCCUGAAGAGGUGCUGAUAUGUGUACACGAUGAGCGGACUGGGGGACAACUCCAUGGAGCCUCUGAGCUCAGAAAACCGAAAACGCAAGCUCUCCACCUGCGACACGCCCGGUCUAGGAUGUGAGCGGAGACGGCGGGAGCAGGAGACUAAAUACAUCGAGGAGCUGGCCGAAUUGAUAUCUGCCAACCUCGGUGACAUCGACAGCUUCAACGUCAAGCCAGACAAGUGUGCCAUCCUCAAGGAGACGGUGCGCCAGAUCAGACAGAUAAAAGAGCAGGGCAAAGCGUCCUCCAAUGAUGACGAUGUACAGAAGUCGGACGUGUCCUCCACGGGACAAGGGGUCAUAGACAAAGACCACCUCGGGCCGCUUCUCCUUCAGGCUCUGGAUGGUUUUCUGUUUGUGGUGAACCGGGAGGGCAGCAUAGUGUUUGUGUCUGACAACGUGACCCAGUACCUGCAGUACAAACAGGAGGAGCUCAUCAACACUUCUGUCUACAACAUCCUCCAUGAGGACGACAGGGAGGAGUUCCACAAGAACCUGCCCAAGACCAAUGUUAAUGGGGUGUCCUGGGGUGGGGAGGUGCCACGUCAGAAGAGCCACACCUUCACCUGUCGCAUGCUGGUCAAGUUUGGCCACACCCACGGACCUGUGGAGGAGGGACCAGGAGGGCCGCGCUACGAGACCAUGCAAUGCUUCGCCUUGACCCAGCCCAAGGCCAUGAUCGAAGAGGGGGAAGACCUGCAGUCGUGUAUGAUCUGUGUGGCCCGUCGUGUGACUGCUGUAGAGAGAACAGAGAGCUUCAACACCCGGCACGAGCUCUCAGGUAAGCUGAUCCAGAUAGACCAGAACUCGCUGCGUGCGUCAAUGCGUCCUGGCUGGGAGGAUCUGCUGAGGCGCUGUAUCCAGAUGUUCCUACAGCACAGUGACGGACAGCCCUGGUCCCACAAACGCCAUUAUCACGAGGCCUUCCUACAGGGUCACGCUGAGACCCCCCUGUACCGUUUUUCUCUUUCGGACGGCACCCCUGUCACGGCCCAGACCAAGAGCAAGCUGUAUCGCCACCCCAUGAGCAACGAGGCCCAGGGCUUCAUAUCCACCCACCUGCUACAGAGGGAGCAGCAUGGCUAUCGCUCUGCCCAGGGUGGGGGCAUGAUGCCAGGGCCUUUGAGGCAGCAGGGCAUGGGGGGCCCCAACCCCAAUGCCCAGAUGAACAUGCCCCCUGGUGUAGGGAUGGGGGGUAUGAACCGGGGCUACGGGCCCAUGAACGAACAGAGCCACAUGGGACAGAUGGGAGGGGGUUCAAUGUACGGAGGGAAUGGAGGUGGAGGUGGCGGCAGGGGAGGCAUGGGCAACAGAAUGAUGCAGAUGAAUCAGUUGAACCAGAUGGGCCAAAUGAACCAAAUUAAUCAGAUGGGUCAUCAGAUGAACCACACAGGUCCAGGGAACCACCCUGGCAUGCAGCAACAUCAGCACCCUCAGCAGCAACAUCAGCACCCCCAGCAGCCCCCCUUCCAAAGCAGUGGGGGGUACGGACUGGGGGGUAUGAACAGCCCCUUGGGGAGUCCCCGAAUGAUUGGCCCCCAGCAGGGGCUCCUGAUGUCCCCCCGAAACCGAGGCAGCCCCAAGAUGGGUGCCAGUCAGUACUCACCUGGAGACAUGCACUCCCCCAUGGGCCCUCAUGGAGGAGGAGGAGGUAGCACCUCUUUCUCCAGCAGCUCCCUCAACGCCCUGCAGGCCAUCAGCGAGGGGGUCGGGAGCUCCCUCCCCUCCACCCUCACCUCCCCCUCCCCGGCCAACAAACCAGACAGCUCCCCCAGCGUCCACUCCUCCUCUCAGUCCACCCAGCCCAGUCACCCCGCCAAAUCCGGCCCGGAUGACUCCAAAAGCCCAACAGGAGGCCUGGGUCCUGCGCCAAGUGUGCACCCCCUCCACCAACACCAUCACCACCACCCACACCCCCAGUCCGAGAGCUCCGGAGACAGGUUGGACAGCCAAGCCCCGGCAGGCAGCAAGGAGCCCAGAGAGGGGGCCAUCGAGGCUGGGGUGAGCUCAGAACCCACCCGGAGAGUCCCAGAUGGUAAGGGCCAUAAGAAGCUGCUGCAGCUGCUGACCUCCCCCACUGAGGAGCUGGGGUUAGGGGGAACUGGCCCCGCCUUGCCCUCUAUACCUCCCCCACCAGGCAGCAGCAACACCCCAGCAGGGUCCGACACUAAGGACCCCACAGGAGGCAUUUCCAGCCCUUCCUCUACUGGAGUCUCCUCCUCUUCCUCAGCCUCCACCAAUCAGGGCCAGGCGUCGGGCACGGCUCUGGCCAAUGCUCUGGCCUCUGCCCACUACACGGCGUCGCUGCAGGAGAAGCACAAGAUCCUCCACAAGCUCCUGCAGAACAGCAACACACCCGAUGAGGUGGCCAAGAUCACGGCCGAAGCCACUGGGAAGGUGACCCUGGGGGGCCAGGAAGUCCCAGGGGAGGUGGGGGCUGGAGGAGCAGGAGGAGUGACAGAGCCUAAGCAAGAGCAGCACAGCCCCAAGAAGGAGAAGACCCACGCGCUCCUCCACUACCUCCUCAACAAGGAUGAUACUAAAGAGCCAGUGGAUGUGAAGCCCAAGCCUGAGGAGCUGGAAGGAAAGGGGCUCCAAGGAGCCACUGCCGGCCCCCCACCCAGAGGCCCUGGUGCUGGACCCGGCCCAACGGCUGAACACCCAGAGAGCAAGAUCAAGUCAGAGCCGCCUGAUGAGUUGGACAACCUGGAGUCCAUCCUGGGAGGUUUGAGGGGUUCUGGUUCUGAGUUCUACCCCGAGCAGGGAGGAGGAGGGAACAAGGCCCAGAGUUGCAUCGACGAGAACCUGCAAGGGAGUGUGGGGAUUGCCCCUGGCCCACGAGGGCCCUUCCAGAGGGCCAUGUCAGCAGACGCCAAGCCUGGAGUGGUGGGGAGGCGCCCCAUGCUCAUCAAACAAGAGAACAUGAUGGGCAGCCCAGAAGGAUACCCAGGGAACAUGGGUGUUUGUCCGCGAGGCGUUGGAACAAGGCCGAUGAACAGGGGCAUGGGGGUUCCCCAGCGCUCUCCCAUGGGGGGAUCAGGGGAUUGGGGGAUGCCCCGCUCUUGCGCCAGCCCUGUGGGCUCAGCCGGUCACCCCUCCAUGAGCCGUCCUGGCAUGGACUACAACUCAAAAGGCAUGAUGGCAGGGCCCAUGGUGGGAAGGUCCAACAGUGUUCCUGGCACCAGAUCCAUGCUGCAGCAACAGCUAAUGGACAUGGGAGGUUCUGGUGAGAUGGGGAUGAGUCCGUUCAGUCAGCAGGGCCAGCCCAACCAGUCUCCGUCCUGGUCUGACAAUGUGAUGGGUAUGGAGGGAAACCACAGCAGGCGUCAGUUUGGGAACGCCCUGGAUGAGCUCCUGGCUCCGCCCACCACCAGCGAGGGCCAGAGUGACGAGCGGGCGCUGCUGGACCAGCUGGACUCUUUGCUCAACAACACGGAUGGCAUUGCACUGGAAGAGAUCGACCGGGCCCUGGGCAUCCCCGACUUGGUCAGCCAGAGCCAGGGGCCAGAGCAGCAUGGUGAGCCCUUCCCCGGCCAGGAUCCUUCCAUAGUGCUGGAGCAGAAGCCUCUGUACGGCCAGGGCUACCCCGGACCCCCCUCAAUGGCCAUGCAGUCAGCCUACGGGGGGAGCCCUAUGCAGGGCCAGCCCCAACAGGGGGGCUUCGGCCCCAUGCUCUCCCAGAUGGGCCCAGGGGGCAGCUUCCCAGGGAUGGGAGGCAUGGGGGGUAUGGGUCACCCCCGUGCUAACAUGAUGAGACCCAGAAUGAUGAGCGCCACCAAACCCAUGAGGCUCCAGCUGGCGCAGAGACUACAGGGCCAACAGUUUAUGAGUCAGACUCGGCAGGGGAUGGCCAUGAAGAUGGAGAACCCUGGAUCGGGCAACCCUGGCUUGAGGCCGGGUAUGCAGCCUGGCAUGGGGGGACAGCCUGGCUUCCUGAAUGCCCAGAUGAUGGCCCAGCGUAGCAGGGAGAUGGUGACCAUGCAGAUGAGGAGACAGAGGAUGAUGAUGCUAAUGCAGCAGCAACAGCAGCAGGCAGCAGCAGUGGCCGCCGCAGGGGGGUUCAGCCCCCCUCCCAACGUCACCGCCCCCGCCGUCAUGGACACCCCUAUGGGAGGCCCCAACCUGGGCCCCCAGCAGUUUGGCUACGGGGGAAACUACGGUAUGGCCCAGCAGGGUGACCCGUCGUUUGGCCCUGCGGGCAGCAGCCCCCCCAGCGCCAUGAUGUCAGGCCGCCUGGGUCCUCAGAAUCCCAUGAUGCAACAGCAUCCCCAGGGCGGACCCAUGUACCAGAGCGCUGACAUGAAGGGCUGGUCGCAGGGAGGCAUGGCCCGCAACAGCUCGUACCCCCAGCAGCAGUUUUCCCAACAGGGCAACCCGGGGCAGCAGCAGUUUGCCCAAACGGGCAACCCAGGACAGUACGGGGGCAUGAUGAUGAAUGGGUGCAUGCCUUCCAAUGGAGGGGGGGGUCAUAUGGGGCAGAUGGGGAUGAACCCCAUGGUGAUGGGACGUAUGCCGAUGGGGCCUGAUCAGAAAUAUUGCUGAACCUGAGACAGAGGCGUGUGGUGGAACAGAAACAGACUCACUGUGAUCCUUUCAGAGAGAUGAGUGCAGUGAUAUAUGUGUGUGUGUGUGUGUGUGUGUGUGUGUGUGUGUGUGUGUGUGUGUGUGUGUGUGUGUGUGUGUGUGUGUGUGUGUGUGUGUGUGUGUGUGUGUGUGUGUGUGUGUGUGUGUGUGUGUGUGUGUGUGUGUGUGUGUGUGUAGUACUCUACUCCCACCAGUUGGUGGUGCUGCGUCUCUGGACUCGAGGCCAGUGUAGACAGAGGACACACACCAACACACACACACCAAAACAUCCAUGUAUCUAAAGACACACUGUGACACACAAACACACACACACAUAAACAAACUGACAGAUAGAAAUUAGAAGACAUCCUCUCUCUCUUGGGAUGUGACUACCAUCAUGCCAAGUUCACCCCUGGCUGUGGGAAUUCUCUCUCUGCUUUGGAACGCUAUGAGAGAAGACAGUGUUACCUAGUUCUGGUCCUGGAGGACCACUGUGUAUGCAGACCAUACAUCCCAUCCAGUCUCUGAAUCCACACUUAAUGAAUGAUAUAUAUAGUCCACUGUUGGAGAAGGUGGGAGUUGAUUGUAAUCACUGAUACAUGGUCAGUUAUUUUCACAUUCCCCUAAUGGUUAAGAAUAGGGAACCCUGAUCCUAGAUCUGUGGUUAGGGGCAACUUCUACCUCUAUAAGCUAUAUUACUAUACUGAUGAGCAGGCAUGUAGUCAAUAGCAUGUAGUCAAUUCAAAAGUACAGUACCAGUCAAAAGUUUGGACACACCUACUCAUUCCAGGGUUUUUCUUUAUUUUUACUAUUUUCUGCAUUGUAGAACUAUAGUGAAGACAUCAAAACGAUGAAAUAACACAUAUUGAAUCAUGUACUAACCAAAAAAAGUGUUAAACAAAUCAAAUUAUAUUUUCUAUUUGAGAUUCUUCAAAGUAGCCACCCUUUGAGUUGAUGACAGCUUUGUACACUCUUGGCAUUCUCUCAACCAGCUUCAUGAUGUAGUCACCUGGAAUGCAUUUCAAUUAAUAGGUGUGCUUUGUUAAAGUCAAUUUGUGAAAUGUCUUUCCUUCUUAAUGCGUUUCAACCAAUCAGUUGUGUUGUGACAAGGUAGAGGUGGUGUACAGAAGAUAGCCCUAAGUUCAUAUUAUGUUAAGAACAGCUCAAAUAAGCAAAGAGAAACAACUGUCCAUCAUUACUUUUAUUUAUUUUAAAUAUGAUUUAACCUUUAGGGUAGACAGGAAAGGAAGACCCAGAGUUACCUCUGCUUCAGAGGACAAGUUCAUUAGUGUUACCAGCCUCAGAUAUUGCAGCCCAAAUAAAUGCUUCAGAGUUCAAGUAACAGACACAUCUCAACAUCAACUGUUCAGAGGAGACAGUGUGAAUCAGGCGUUGAUGGUCGAAUUUCUGCAAAGAAACCACUACUAAAGGAUACCAAUGAGAAGAAGAGACUUGCUUUGGCCAAUAAACACGGGUCUGAUGAGUCCAAAGGAGGAGGAGAUGUGAUGUUGUGGGGGUGCUUUGCUUGUGAUACUAUCAGUGAUUUAUUUUGAAUUCAGGGCACACUUAACCAGCAUGGCUACCACAGCAUUCUGCAGCGAUACGCCAUCCCAUCUGGUUUGCGCGUAGUGGGACUAUCAUCUGUUUUUCAACAGGACAAUGACCCAACACACCUCCAGGCUAUGUAAGGGCUAUUUGACCUAGAAGGAGAGUGAUGGAAUUCUGCAUCAGAUAACCUGGCCUCCACAAUCACCUGACCUCAACCCAAUUGAGAUGGUUUGGGAUGAAUUGGACCACAGAGUGAAGGAAAAGCAGCCAACAAGUGCUCAGCAUUUGUGGGAACUCCUACAAGAUUGUUGGAAAAGCAUUCCAGGUUGGUGAAGCUGGUUGAGAGAAUGCCAAGAGUGUGCAAAGCUGUCAUCAAGGAAAGGGGUGUCUACUUUGAAAAAUCUAAAAUAUACUUUGAUUUGUUUAACACUUUUUUGGUUACUACAUGAUUCCAUAUGCGUUAUUUCACUGUUAUUCUACAAAAUAGAAAAUAGUAAAAAUAAAGAAAACCCCUGGAAUGAGUAGGUGUGUCCAAAGGCAGCAUACAUACACAGUGGACCUGCAGGAGACUGGGUUAAGGUACGACAGAAAUAAAUACUAGUUGGCUGUGAUUGCACUUUACGGAAAGGCUGUCGUCAAAAUGAUUGUGGCAAUAUUUAUUGGUCAUAGAGGCCUUUACCCAAGAAUUAAUGCAUAACAGCAAAUCUUGUUAAGUUUUUAUUUUGUGUUUGUCAGAGGAUGGAGACUAUUAUGAUUAGAAAUGGAUUACUGUGACAAACAUUAUUCUAAAUGGUUAACCAAUGGAUUUUAUAGAACACUUUCUUCUGCAGUGUGUUGAUUAUGGGGAUGUUAGUGGAUGAAAAAGGUUCAGAUUAUUAAAGUAGAUCCUUAAAAUGUACUGACCUAUUUCAGAGUGCACAGUUACCUUCAUAUUUAUACAUCUAUUCAUAAAUGUAAAUAAGCAUUUUAAAAACGAAUGUGUAUAUUGUAUUUUUAAGGAGGAAUUUGUAAGAUUUACAUCUUGGUUACCUCACGGAACACUUAAUAGCAAUUUGUUGCCAGUUAAUGAAUGAGUUGAUUCCUAAAGUAAUCCACACACUGUGAAAGAAAGGGUUUCCCCCGAUUUUAGUGUAUGUUUGUGCAGAUUUCUAGCAAUAAUCCUUCCUCUUGGUUCUCCUGUGAGGGCAAAGUGAAGCACCAUUUACUCAAAGCGAUGGUACUGCAGUAUUAGGAUGUGACUCGUCUCGUUUGGAAUUUUUGCUUUUGUCUGUGAAUACAAAUGUAAAUACGCUUCAAAUGUAUUAUAUAUAUAUAAAUAUAUGCUUUUGUAGGUCACAUACUGUUUUUGCAGAGAUUGUAAGGCUUGAUAUUUAAAGUAUAAUUUUAUUAUUCUGUCGUAGGUCAAAAUAACUUUUUUAUUUUCAAUACAAAAGGAAGGGGGUCUUUCUUUGAUCAAUACUGAAAAACUUUGGUUCAUUUUGCCUCAGAAACCUACAACUGCAUCUUUUGUUCUUUCAGAAAGCACUUUUUAAAAUUUGUGAUCUAUAAAUCAUACAUUUCUCUUUUUCAAAGGCAUUUGCAUAGAUUUAGAGGUGCUUGUGUGAUCCUGUCAUUUUCUAUCAAUAGAUGUUUAAUUCAAAAGAGCAAACAAACACACACGAUGCCUAAAAGAGGUGACAUGUGAUUGUGUUAGACUUAGGGGGGUCCAUGUUUCUUACCAGUGUGUGGAUUGAUAUUUUUAGAUAGGGCCCUAUGAGUUCAAUGGCUCUAGUUCCAUUCCUUAUAAUUCCAUACUCUGUUAUUGGCUAGGCUACUUAGCAGCAACUAUGUGCUCACAGAUAGGCUAUUAUAGACCACCCAAAGCCAUUGCAAUAUCAAUACUGCUUUUCUUCCCUUCGAUUGGGCACAGAUGCUGGCUUGUGGUGGUCACUUUUACUGUAUGUAGGUUUUUGAGUUACGGUCUUCAACACUGCGGUUGGUUCUAUUUUUGGCUUUACUUUUUGAAGUCAGCUCAUAUUUAGGGAGGCUGUCGGGCUACACUAGGUGGUGAUUUAGAUUCCCUCCCUCUCUGUCUGGUCCUUGAAGGUUAUUUGGGGACAUUUUACAUGAUUUUAUGUUGAACCUUGAUUUUUCCUUUAUUUUGUAACAUUUUCUGUGAAGCUUUGUGAGAAAUCUUUUUAAGAUGUGCUCAAUCCAAAGAUUUGUGUUUUGUCAUUCUGCAGUGCUUAGAACCCGAUCCUAGAUGGUGCAAGUAAGCUAUUCAUGUGUGCAUUUCUCGGCUGCACACCCUACAUAGAAUAUGUUUGAAUUGAUGUAUUCCCAUUCCUACAAAACAGAGUUAACAUUGGUCUGGUUCUGCUGAAGUGAUUUUAAUCUUGUUUGUGAUUGUUGUUUUUUUGUUUCUUUGUUUUAUCUCUUAACAUCUAUGGCCAGUUCUAAGUUGUGGUGCUGGAAACGGUUAUUUCAUGAGAUUGACCACUCAGAGAAGCUCUUUAGUGGCACUAACCUGUGUGGUGAUACAAAACUAUCCCAUGGACUCUGAAGAUGAUGGAUCGCUAUCUAUCUUUUAACACAAUAGAGAAUGUCUUCAAGCUGUUUUAUGGAAACUUCAUUACAUCUUGGAAUAGCCUAGAGUGAAUUUUCAGUCUUGAUGAAGUAUAUUGAAAAAGAUUGACCUACCGAAUAUUCAAAAGAACUAUGUUCUGUGCUUUUGCUUAACAAAAAGUAUCCCUCUCGAUUUAUCCUUUGAUUUAAAUGAAAAGAGAGGGGAGGAAAAUAUAAAAUUCUUGGGAAAUAAUACGGUCAUAAUUUCAGGAUGUAAAUUACUGUUGCAUUUUUUCUUACUUGUUUCUUGAUGUUAAUAUUGAUGUAAAUACAAAUUUCUAUUUAAACAUUA